ACUAUCGCACGUCUGUACUAUUUUGGUAACUAAUAAUAUCUGAACAAAAGUUCAAAACUUUAUACAUACGUACAUACUAUUCAAACAACCCACACUUUCUUGGCUGCUUCCAUAUUCUCCACUUGUGUUCUACACAAGUUCACUAUCUAUAUAAUUCACACAACUUUUCCCAAUCCCAUCCACACUCUUCAAACCCAUCUCAUCUCAUCAAGAAACCCAAAAAAAAAAAAAAAACAAAAACAAAAAACUGAAUCUUUAUUGAGAAUUACAAACUUAAAUCAACUAAUUUUCAAAACCCAUCAAGAUUUCUGAAAUGGGUAAAAUCUUUGGUGUGUUAUUUUGCAUAUUGAUAUCAAAUCUAGCCUCAUCAUACGCACAACAAAACUGCAACAGCUACGCCUUUUCAAGAAACACAAUCUACACCACAUGUGUCUCUUUACCCGUUCUCAACUCACAUCUCCACUGGAACUACCACUCCUCCAACUCCACCGUCGAUCUAGCUUUCCGCCACGCCGGAUCCGACACAUCUCAGUGGGUUGCGUGGGCCCUCAACAUCAACGGUCAGGGUAUGGUUGGUGCCCAGGCUCUUGUUGCUGUAACCGGUUCAAACGGGUCGGUUCAAGCCUAUACUUCGUCGGUAACCGGUUACCAGACCGGUCUGCAACCGAGUCAGUUGAGCUUUGGUGUGCCCAGUAUCACUGCUGAGAGGGUUCGCGGUGAUGUGGUGAUUUAUGCGACGUUGGUGUUGCCAAGUGGAGGGACCAGAUUUAAUCAAGUUUGGCAGGUGGGUCCGGUUAAUAAUGGAGCUCCGGGUAUUCAUGGGUUGGGUGCUGAUAACCGGAAUUCUCUUGGGUCGGUUGAUUUUAUUAGUGGUGAGACUGGUGCUGGUGGGAGUAUUGGUGGGUCCCGCCAACGCAGGAGAAAUACUCAUGGAGUACUGAACGCGGUUAGUUGGGGAGUGUUGAUGCCCAUGGGGGCUAUGGCUGCAAGAUAUUUGAAGGUUUUUAGCGUCGCUAAUCCGGCUUGGUUUUACAUCCAUGUUGCUACACAAACGUCGGCUUAUAUCGUCGGUGUAGCCGGAUGGGCUACCGGGCUCAAGCUCGGUAGUGAUUCUGCUGGUAUCACACACCAGUCUCAUAGGAAUAUUGGGAUCAUCCUGUUUUCUUUUGCAACACUUCAGGUUUUUGCUUUGCUUUUAAGGCCUAAGCCGGACAACAAAUACAGAUUUUAUUGGAACAUCUACCAUCAUUCUCUUGGAUACUCGAUUAUCAUCUUGAGUAUUAUUAAUGUGUACGAGGGGCUCGAUAUCUUGGACCCUGAGAAGAAGUGGAAGAAUGCUUACACCGGGAUCCUUAUCGCUUUGGGAGUUGUUACAGUUAUUUUGGAAGCUUUGACAUGGUUUAUUGUUCUAAAGAGAAAGAAAGAAGACAAAAGGACUCAUGCAGGAGCAACUAAUGGACAUGCAUAGAUUACUGGUUUGUUAAGAUGUUGUAUGGCUAGAUUGUUAUUUAUUUUGAGUGUUAUAUUCUUUUUUGAGAUUCAUGUAUACAUACUUAUACAAUUUUCAUGUUUAUAUUGAGGUUUAUGUUUUAGUUCUU